AUGCUACGAGCCAAGCUCUUUAUCUUCUUGGUGCUGUAUGCCGCUUUCAGGCCAAGUUUGGGAGAAGAUCAUUGCACAUCCAAGAAAACCCAGCUUAAAGACGUAGUGCCUAGAGUUUUUAUCAGAAGGAAAAGAGCAGUGCUUUUCCCACCAGGAUCAUUUGUGAAGUUCACCUGCUCCUUUGCCACAGGUCUGCUGGCCACCUAUCCGAAGGGUAUAACCUUCGUUUUGGAGGAAGCUGUGUAUUUCCCAGUUCCCGGGACGCUAGAGGAUAUAUACCCCAAGAGGUUUCGGCCCAAGACCACGACCAAGAAACCGGAAAAGCUGCCAGAUUCCAUUGUUUACAUACCCGGUACCGAUUGGCGUUUCAAAGCCCAGACCUUGCCCAAACCCAAAUGGAGACAGCCGCCUCCAAAGACCCAUCGCAUCGAUGAUGGUAGCUAUGCCAACCCGUUCAAGUGGCAAAAGUGGAGUCAGGAAAAGAAGUGGCAGCAUUACAAGUGGAAUGAAUUCGAUCCCAACAAGGCCAAGUGGGCGAAAUGGACCACGCCCUCGCCAAAAUGGGAAAACAAAUGGAGCAAGUCAGCUUGGGAGUCCCACCAUUACCAUGGCCAUCGGGAUCGCAGAUCUUUGUUUGAUCGCUUCACCAAAUUGAGUUCACUGAUUGGCAUAGAUGUGAAGUCCUGUAUUUUACGCACCAUCUGCGACAGCAAGAGAUUACUCCUGCCACCUGGUUACUCCAUGCUUCAGGAUAUGCUGCGUGUGGUUUUCACUUUGCCCCGUUUGGAUGGCUUGGAAGAUGAAUACACUCGUAUAAUGGACCAAGAUCCUGAGGACUGUGCGGCGGACUUAAAAUCUAAGUGUAACAUGAAUUUAUUGAUUUGGCUGCUGAGCGGCAAAGUUGAAUAA